UGGGGAGGGAAGGAGGGAGCGAGUGAAAAGAGGACAGCAGCUGACUUCGUCAUUCCCUGCAGAAUGCCCCAACUUCUUUGAAUGCGCUCAAAAGUGGGGAGACGGUAUCACUUUGAAACGUUUCGCUGGCAAGGAGGUGGGUUCGGAAAAGGAUCUUAUAACUGAAGCACUUGCCGCUUCUUCCACCCCCUGAAGUGGAUUCGCUUUGAAGAGCCACCAGGCGAGCAGUAUGUGGCCCGGCCGGCUGCUGAAGGUUUUGCUGGGGCUGGCAGCUCUGCUGUCGCUGUCUGUCAGAGAUGCCGGAGGUGCGGCGCCGGACGGCGAGGCUCCCAGAGCCGCCGAGCCCGUCAACAGCAGGGCGAAGAGAAGAGGCGGCAGUCAGGAUGUGCUGAAGGGUCCCAAUGUCUGUGGAUCUCGUUACAAUGUGUACUGCUGCCCUGGGUGGAAGACCUUGCCAGGAGGCAACCAGUGUAUAGUCCCGAUCUGCAGAAGCUCCUGUGGGGAUGGCUUCUGCUCCAGACCCAACCUCUGCACAUGUCCCAGUGGUCAGAUUGCCCCCUCCUGUGGCUCAAAGUCAGUUCAGCACUGCAGCAUCCGCUGUAUGAAUGGGGCCACCUGUGCUGAGGACCGCUGCCUGUGUCAGAAGGGAUACAACGGCGCGCACUGCGGACAACCGGUGUGUGAGACCGGCUGUCUGAACAGCGGGCGGUGCGUGGCGCCUAACCGCUGUGCCUGCACCUACGGCUUCACCGGAGCUCAGUGUGAGAGAGACUACCGCACCGGACCGUGUUUCGCCUCCGUCAGCAACCAGAUGUGCCAGGGCCAGCUGAGCGGCAUCGUCUGCACCAAGACGCUGUGCUGUGCCACCGUGGGGCGCGCCUGGGGGCACCCCUGCGAGAUGUGCCCCGCCCAGCCCCACCCCUGCCGCCGUGGAUUCAUCCCCAACCAUCGCACGGGGGCGUGUCAAGACGUGGACGAGUGCCAGGCUAUUCCCGGACUGUGCCAGGGGGGAAACUGUGUCAACACCAUCGGCUCUUUCGAGUGCAAGUGUCCAGCUGGCUACAGGUUCAGCGAGACGUCCCAAAAAUGCGAGGAUGUUGACGAGUGUGCUACCAUCACUGGGCUGUGCAGCGGGGGCCAGUGUUCGAACACAGCAGGGAGUUUCUUAUGCAAGUGUCCCCAGGGCUACUUCACAGCUCUGGACGGCUCCCGGUGCAUUGAUAGCCGCCCUGGGUACUGCUUCGCCAGCCUGCUGAAUGGGCGCUGCAGCAGCAGAAGCUCCCUACUCAUGUCCCGCAUGCAGUGCUGCUGCGACGGGGGGCGCUGCUGGGCGGACGGCUCCACGCCGGAGUUGUGUCCCAUCGCUGGGACAGAGGAGCACCAGAGGCUGUGCACUCAGAUCUCCAUCCCAGGCCCCGGAAUCCCCUUCGGCCCCGGGAUCGGCCCCGGGAUCGGCCCCGGGAUCGGCCCUGGCAUCCCCAUCGGCCCCGGGAUCGGCCCCGGGAUCGGCCCUGGCAUCCCCUUCGGCCCCGGGAUCGGCCCCGGGAUCGGCCCUGGCAUCGGCCCUGGCAUCCCCAUCGGGCCCGGGACCCCCAUCGGCCCUGGCAUCCCCAUCGGCCCUGGCAUCCCCAUUGGCCCCGGGGGGCCGUUCGGACCAGCGGUAGGGCCUGGAGGUCCGGGCGACCCCAGCAGGCCUUUCUUACCAGGCACCUUGACGAUUCCUGACCCGGGGACUGGCCCAGGUUACUUGGGCCCUCCCAUCAUCCAGUCCCAGAACAUCACAAACAUAUGCCAGGCAUACCGCAACCUGUGCCUGAAUGGCCGCUGCGUUCCCACCCCAGGCAGCUACUACUGUGAAUGUAACCGAGGCUUCAACCUGGACGUGCGCGGCGAGUGCAUCGACACGGAUGAGUGUCAACAUAGCCCAUGUGUGCAUGGCCAGUGUGUCAACACAGCCGGCUCCUACUUCUGCGAGUGUCCUCCGGGCUUCCAAAGCACUGCCACACGCACAGAGUGCAGAGAUCUGGACGAGUGUGUGGCGAAUGGGCGCAUCUGCAACAACGGCCGCUGUGUCAACACUGACGGCAGCUUCCACUGCGUCUGCAACGCCGGUUUCGACCUCUCCUCAGAUGGAAGGAACUGCCAAGACCAGGACGAGUGCCUGAUCAGAAACAUGUGCCUGAAUGGCAUGUGCAUCAAUGAGGACGGCAGCUUCAAAUGCGUCUGCAAGCCCGGCUUCGUCCUGAACCCAACCGGCCGCUUCUGCACAGACAUUGACGAAUGCGAGGUCCCUGGGAUGUGCAUGAACGGCCACUGCGUCAACACUGAGGGCUCCUUCCGCUGCGAGUGCAUGGCCGGCCUGGCCGUGGGCCUGGACGGCCGCGUCUGUGUGGACACGCACAUGCGCAGCACCUGCUACGGCGGCUACAAGCGUGGCCAGUGUGUGGCGCCCUUCCCCGGUGCCGUCACCAAGUCCGAAUGCUGCUGCUCCAACCUGGAGUAUGCCUUCGGGGAGCCCUGCCAGCCGUGCCCCGCCCACAGCUCAGCUGAGUUCCUGGCCCUCUGCAGUCAUGGGAUUGGCAGCACCAGUGAUGGAAGAGAUAUAAACGAGUGCGCUCUGGACCCAGACAUCUGUCAGAAUGGUGUCUGCGAGAACAUGCUGAGGACCUACAAGUGUAACUGCAACGUGGGAUAUGAGGUGGAUUCUACGGGCAAAAACUGUGUCGACAUCGAUGAGUGUGCAAUGAACCGGCUCCUGUGCGACAACGGGAUCUGCAGGAACACGCCCGGAAGCUUCUCUUGCCAGUGCCCAAAGGGUUUCUACUUCCACGCACUGACUGAUGUGUGUGAAGAUGUGGAUGAGUCCAACCCCUGUGUGGGCGCGGAGUGUAAGAAUACAGUGGGGUCCUUCACCUGCCAGUGUUCCCCAGGCAGCAUCCUGGACAGCUCUGGAACCCAGUGUGUGGAGACCAGCAAGGGCACAUGCUGGCUGAAGAUGAUCGACAACCGCUGCGAGAUCAACAUCAACGGAGGCAUACUGAAGUCCCAAUGCUGUGCCACACUGGGGGCUGCCUGGGGCAGUCCCUGCAUCCGCUGUGAGCCAGAUCGGUUAUGCUCUAAGGGACUUGCCCGAGUAAGGGGGACAGAGUGUGAAGAUGUGAAUGAGUGUGAGGUGUUUCCUGGAGUUUGCAUCAACGGAAAGUGUGUAAACACCCUGGGCUCUUUUAUUUGCCAGUGCCCCAGUGGAAUGACACUGGACGACUCUGGUAGAACGUGCAUCGAUCUCCGCACUGAGCAAUGCUAUCUGACCCACGAGGACGAGCGCUGUGGCGCCCCCAUCCCAGGCCGGCACCGUGUGGACACCUGCUGCUGCUCGGUGGGUGUGGCCUGGGGUCCUGAGUGCGAUGAGUGUCCGGAGAGGGGCAGCUCCGAAUUCAGCCUGCUCUGCCCCCGCGGCCUUGGCUUCUCCCACAGGGGUGACUUUGUCAACGGGAAGCCCUUCCUGAAAGACAUCAACGAGUGCAAGAUGAUCCACAGCCUGUGCGCCAACGGGAAGUGCAGGAACACGGUCGGCAGCUUCAAGUGCAAGUGCAAUAAUGGCUUCGCCUUGGACUCCCAUGAAAGGAACUGCACGGAUAUUGACGAGUGCCGCAUCUCGCCGGACUUGUGUGGCCAGGGCACAUGCGUCAACACGCCGGGGGACUUCGAGUGUCAGUGUUUGGAGGGGUAUGAGAGCGGCUUCAUGAUGAUGAAGAACUGCAUGGAUAUCGACGAGUGUGAGCGCAACCCGCUUCUGUGCCGAGGUGGCCUGUGCAUCAACACGGAAGGCAGCUUCUACUGUGUCUGCCCCCCAGGUCAUGAGGUCGCGCCCGAUGGAUCUGCCUGCCUGGACAUCAACGAGUGUGAGCUGAGCGACAGACUGUGCAAGAAUGGGCAGUGUGUCAACAUGGUGGGUGGCUACCAGUGCUCCUGUGACACGGGCUAUCAGUCCACCGAGGACCGGCUCUCCUGCGUCGAUAUCGACGAGUGCACUAUCCAGAACGGAGGCUGCGAGAGCUUCUGCACCAACUCCGAGGGCAGUUACGAAUGCAGCUGUCGCCAUGGCUACGCGCUGAUGCCCGACCAGAGGAGCUGCACGGAUAUCGACGAGUGUGAGGACAACCCAGACAUCUGUGAAGGGGGCCAGUGCACAAACCAUCCCGGGCAUUACCAGUGUCUGUGCUUUGACGGGUUCAUGUCCUCUGAAAAUAUGAAGAUGUGUCUUGAUGUGGAUGAGUGUGUCCUCAACCCGAACAUCUGCUUGAGCGGGAACUGUGAGAACACGAAGGGCUCCUUCAUCUGCCACUGCGACCUGGGAUUCUCUGUCAGGAAGGGCAGCACUGGCUGUACAGACAUCAACGAGUGUGAGAUUGGAGCUCACAACUGCGACCAUCAUGCCUCCUGCACCAACACCGCCGGCAGCUUCAAGUGCAGCUGCAGUCCAGGAUGGAUUGGCAACGGAGUCCUGUGUACAGACCUGGACGAGUGCUCCAACGGGACACACAUGUGCAGCAACAACGCUGAGUGCACGAACACCAUGGGCUCCUAUCGCUGUGCGUGCAAGGAGGGCUUCUCUGGGGAUGGCUUCUUCUGCACAGAUAGCGACGAAUGCGCUGAGAACCUCAACCUGUGCGAGAAUGGCCACUGCCUGAACGUCCAAGGCGGCUACCGCUGCGAGUGCGACAUGGGCUUUGUGCCGACGCUGGACAGCAAGGCCUGUGAAGACAUAGACGAGUGCACCUUCUCAGAAAUCUGUGUUAAUGGAAGGUGCCAGAACACGCCGGGCCUGUUCCAGUGCCAUUGCAACUUGGGCUAUGAAUUGGACCGCAGUGGAGGCAACUGCACUGACAUCAAUGAGUGCUUGGACCCCAUGAGGUGCAUCAGCGGGAUCUGCGUGAACACCCCUGGCAGCUAUAUCUGCAACUGUCCCCCGGACUUCAAGCUCAAUCCAACGAAAGUCGGCUGCGUGGACAGACGAUCUGGGAACUGCUACCUGGAAGUGCGAUCCCGAGGUGACGCAUCCGAAAGCCUGGAGUGUUCCAAUGGGAUUGGCGACAAUGUGUCCAAGGCUUCGUGUUGCUGCUCCUUGGGCCAAGCCUGGGGGAACCCAUGUGAAGCCUGUCCUCCCCUCAAUUCCUCGGAGUACAAAACCCUGUGCCCAGGAGGCGAGGGCUUUCGUCCCAACCCCAUCACAGUCAUCCUGGAAGAUAUCAACGAGUGCACUGAGCUGCCGGGCCUGUGCUACGGUGGAAACUGCAUCAACACCUUCGGCAGCUUCCAGUGCGACUGUCCGAGAGGCUUCGAGCUCAACGAGGAGACCAGGAUCUGUGAAGAUAUUAAUGAGUGUGAGAAACCUGGCAUCUGUGGACCCGGCCAGUGCUACAACACCAUUGGGAACUACACCUGCAUCUGCCCCCCUGACUACAUGCAGGUCAACGGAGGCAACAACUGCAUGGACAUGCGAAAGAGCCUGUGCUACAGGAACUACCACUCGGACAAUGGCUCCUGCGAUGGCGAGCUGAACUUCAACAUGACCAAGAAGAUGUGCUGCUGCUCCUACAACAUCGGCCGUGCCUGGAACAAACCAUGCGAGCAGUGCCCCGUGCCCAGCACCAAUGAGUUUGCGGUCUUGUGCGGCAGCGAGAGGCCUGGGUAUUAUAUCGACAUUUACACCGGCCAGGUCAUAGACAUCGACGAGUGCCGGGAGAUCCCGGGCGUGUGCGAGAAUGGUGUGUGCAUCAACAUGAUCGGCAGCUUCCGCUGCGAGUGUCCUAUGGGCUUCGUCUACAACGACAAGCUGCUCGUCUGCGAAGACAUUGACGAGUGCCAGAACGGCCCAGUGUGCCAGGAGAAUGCUCGCUGCCAGAACAUCGCCGGAAGCUACCGCUGUGACUGCAAGCCGGGCUACCGCUUCAUCUCCUCGGGCCGCUGCAUCGACCGUAACGAGUGUGUGGAGAACCCCAACGUCUGUAACCCUGGGCAGUGCAUUGACUUGGAGGGGAGUUACCGCUGCACCUGUCCCAAUGGCUACAAGACCACGCCGGACUCCUCCAUGUGCAUCGAUGUGGACGAGUGCGAGAGGCAGCCGUGUGGAAACGGGACGUGUAAGAACACCGUGGGAUCAUACAACUGCGUGUGCAACCCUGGCUUCCAGCUGUCACACAACAAGGACUGUGUGGAUGUCGACGAGUGCCAGAGGGGCGUGUGCAGGAACGGCGAUUGCCUCAACACCGUGGGCUCAUUCUUGUGUUUGUGCCAAAGCGGCUUCGAGCUCUCUGCAGACCAGAGGAACUGCGUGGAUGUGAACGAGUGCUUCGUGAGACCCAAUACGUGCGCUCCCGGAACAUGCCAGAACCUGGAAGGCACCUUCAGGUGCAUCUGCCCCCCAGGCUACUACGUGCAGAAUGAGGAGUGCACAGAUAUUGACGAGUGCACGCAAAAAGAGAGUCCUGACAUCUGCCAGUUCGGCACCUGCACCAACACGGAGGGCAGCUUCCGGUGCGUGUGUCCCACCGGCUUCCAGCUCACUUCCCUGGGGACCAGGUGUGUGGAUGUCCGCGUGAACUACUGCUACACCAGGUUCGAGAACGGCCGCUGCCAGGCUCCGCAGCCACACAACACCACCAAAGCAGAGUGCUGCUGCAGCGAAAUGCCCGGCCAGGGCUGGGGCAGCCCCUGUGAAAUCUGCCCCGCCAAGGAAGAUGAGGGCUAUAGGCAGCUCUGCCCCCUAUCCGGACAUGCCAUGCGGCCGGACGGCAGCCCCAUAGACAUCGACGAGUGCUUGACCCCCGGAAUCUGCAGGAACGGGGAAUGCAUAAACACGGAUGGCGCGUAUCGCUGCGAGUGCCCCUUCGGCUUCCAGCUGGACCCCUCGCGCAAGAGGUGCGACGACGCUGACGAGUGCGAACUGGGCAAUCCUUGCGGCAACGGGACCUGCACCAACGUCAUCGGGGCUUUUGAGUGCGCCUGCGAUGAGGGAUUCGAACCCGGGCCGAUGAUGUCAUGUGAAGACGUGAACGAGUGUGCCCAGAACCCUCUGCUGUGUGCCUUCCGCUGCGUCAACACCGUGGGCUCCUAUGAGUGCAAGUGCCCUGCAGGCUACGUGCUGCGAGAGGACCGGAGGAUGUGUAAAGACCAAAACGAGUGUGAGGACGGCAUUCACGACUGUGAGAGCAAAGGGAUGACCUGCAAGAACCUCAUUGGGACCUACAUGUGCAUCUGCCCAGAAGGUUACACCAGGCAGCCCGAUGGAGAAGGAUGCAUGGAUAUGAACGAGUGCUCAGCCAGACCAGGCAUCUGCGUGAAUGGCCGCUGUGAGAACACCAUGGGCAGCUACCGCUGCAGGUGCGACCAGGGCUUUGUCCCCAACCCCAGUCACACAGAGUGCAUCGACAACAGGGAGGGCUUCUGUUUCACAGAAGCUCUGCAGACGCUCUGCCAGAUGACCUCCACCAACCGUGCCCAAGUCACCAAGUCGGAGUGCUGCUGCACCGGGGGCCGGGGCUGGGGCCCCAGCUGUGACCUGUGCCCCCUGCCUGGCACCACCCAGUACAAGCGCAUGUGCCCGCAGGGGCCCGGCUACACCACAGACGGAAAAGAUAUCGACGAGUGCCGCGUCAUCGGGAACCUGUGCCGUAAUGGACAGUGUAUCAACUCCCUGGGCUCCUACAGCUGUGUAUGCAAACCGGGAUACACUGCCGACCUCACUGGCACCUCUUGCGUGGACGUGGAUGAGUGCUCUCAGGCACCGAAGCCCUGCAACUUCCUGUGUAAGAACACUGAGGGCGGCUACCUGUGCUCCUGUCCCAGGGGGUACCUCCUACAGGAGGACAGCAGGAGCUGCAGAGACCUGGAUGAAUGUUCCACAAAGCAGCACAACUGCCAGUUUCUCUGUGUCAACACCAUCGGGGGCUUCACCUGCAAGUGCCCCUCCGGCUUCACCCAGCACCACACCGCCUGCAUCGACAACAACGAGUGUGCCACAGACCCAGGUCUGUGUGGUUCCCACGGCGUGUGUCAGAACAGCCCGGGCAGCUUCAGCUGCGAGUGCCAACGCGGCUUCUCUCUGGACCCGAACGGACAGAAGUGCGAAGACCUGAAUGAGUGUGAUGGGGAGCACCGGUGCCAGCAUGGCUGCCAAAAUCUGGUGGGAGGCUACCGCUGCAGCUGUCCCCAGGGAUUCCUCCAGCACUACCAGUGGAAUCAGUGCAUAGAUGAGAACGAGUGUCAGAACAGCCAGGUGUGCGGAGAUGCCUCCUGCCACAACACCCUGGGCAGCUUCCGCUGCCUCUGCCCCACCGGCUUCAACUACCAGCAGACCAACGGCGGAUGCCAGGACAUCAACGAGUGCUCCAGCUCCCAGAACCCCUGCAAUUAUGGCUGUUCCAACACAGAUGGGGGCUACCUGUGUGCGUGCCCCCCGGGCUACUACCGAGCGGGACAGGGACACUGUGUAUCAGGACUGGGCUUCAGCGGUGGGGGCCCAGCGUCAGGCCGGGAGGGAGAGGCCGAUGACAACUCCCUCUCCCCCGAGGCCUGCUACGAAUGCAAGAUCAACGGCUACCCCAAGAAGGGGCGGGCACGCCGGAGCGCCGACGCGGCCAACCACAGGCACCUGGGGGGCCAGCAGAGUGAAGAGGCAGCCAGCCUGGCUAGCGUGGACACACUCAGCACUAUGCUCUUCCACUUCAACCUGACUGAGCUGAACAGCAGAGACCACCUUCUGGAGUUCAUCCCUGCCCUGUCCACCCUCACCGACCACGUCCGCUACACCAUCAGCUUCGGCAACGAGGACGGCUUCUUCAGGAUCAACCAAAAGGAUGGCAUUAGCUACCUUCACUUAACCAAGAAGAAGCUGCUUCCUGGAGCAUAUUAUUUACACAUCACCAGCAUGCCACUGUACAACAGAGAGGAGCUGGUCCUGCUGGAAGACAAGCAUGACAGAGACUACCUCACUGGACAGCUGGGUGAUGCGCUGAAGAUAAGGGUACAGAUUGUCCUUCACUAACAGCACAAGGUAACCGCAUUGUUCCCAAAGACAGUUCCACAUAUCAUGGAUACAAUCUCUUAUGAGGCGUCUCGCGUUCAAUCGAAAGCACCACUCCGUGUUUACAGAGCUGAGGGCAAACCAAGGCCUAGGAGCCGGAGAAGCUCGUUAAGAGAGCCGUCCCUUGAAGAAACCACCGUCUCAGGCCUCACUAGUAGUUUUCCUGCAUAAGGGUUUGUACGAUGAUAUGUAGAAUGGUGUGAGGCGCUGUGAGACACAUCGCAGGCAGGACGGCACUGACGCCGAGACCCUGUGCUGCUUAGCAGAGCUUCAGUGACUUAUUAGUUCAGGAUCGAGAGAUUUGAUGUUUCUGUAACUUUGCUUUUCCAUCUUUUCCACUGAAUUAGAUCUGCAUUGUAUUAUAGUAACUGGUGCUAGUAACAUGACAUCAUAGAUUUAUGAAUGCACUGUAAUAUUUAACAAAUGCGAUAGCCAAAAAAAAACUGCAACUUUCUACUGUCUGAAGAUUGUUACUUUGCAACCAAAGUUGGCUCUUUUUGUUCUGUUAUACCCAUACUACAUGUAAAUUGAGUGUGUUUAUACUGUAACCAUGUCACUUUUCUAAUCAAAGAAGUCUUUUUAAAACUAGGUAAAGCCCUGCACUGUAGGGUUUUCUAAAGGUGCUUUUAUUACCAACUCUUCCUGUGUAACUCCGUACUUCAUUCUGAGGACUCUUGUGAAUCUAUAUAUAACAAGUCUAAUCAGUGCAUCCACUGGAGGGGACAUAUCAAGGAAUCCAUCUUCCCACUCAUGUCAAUUUUUCUCUCUCUCUCUCUCUCUCUCUCUCUCUCUCACUCUUACUCACACACACACACACACACACACACACUGUCUGUCUCAUGCAGUGGUUCAGUUUCCAUAAACUUACAAUAAAACAUUUUUUGGUUUUCAUUUGUGCUCUCACUGUGCUUUACUGUUCUGUCCAUGUCAUUAACAUCAACCAAUAUAAUAAAAUAUUUAAUUAAAAAUAAUAAUAAUGAAAGGAAGUGUAACUGGUUUAGGGUGGACUGGGUUUUUCAGUUUAGAAAUGUUGCUGAUCUGUAACACUGACCAGUGUUGGAAAAUUGGUGGAUAAAUUUUAACACUCCAAGUAAAA